GUUAUUUUAUUCAUUCUUUAAAACGCUAAUUGGAAAAGAAGUUGUUGUAGAAUUAAAAAAUGAUGUAAUAAUAACAGGAACAUUGAUUGCUGUUGACCAAAUGUUAAAUAUUAAGUUGAAUAAUUUAAAAUGUGACGCAACAUUAUUCCCUCAAAUACAAACAAUGACUGACUGUUUUAUAAGAGGAAAUACUAUACGGUAUGUUAGUAUGGCAGAAAAUAAUAUUGAUGUUCAAUUGCUUCAUGAUGCUACUCUCUUAGAAUUAAAUGAAAUUAAAAGUAAACAAUAA